AUGGCGGCGCCCCUACAUCAGAAAGCAACUCAAAAUGAAAAUAACCCACAUGAUUGCACAUCGAUGCGUGCUACUACUGGUUAUAUGCCCAUUGGAGAUUACGGGCUCAUUGGCAAUAUGAGAACAUGUGCCUUAGUAGCUACGGACGGUGGAUUGGACUACAUGUGCUGGCCUGAAUUUGACUCCCCAUCCGUCUUCUGCCGCCUUCUCGACAAGAACAAGGGCGGAUACUUCGCCAUCAGCCCCAAAAAGGGCCUCAGCCUCACUACCAAGCAGCAAUAUCUACCAAGCAGUAACGUCUUGCAGACCAGAUAUCUCCACGAAGAUGGUGUACUUAACCUGAUCGACUUCUUCCCCCGGCCGAACUCCAAGAUCCUAGACGCGCAGGUCCUGAACGAGAAAUUGUUUGGCGCGAGGCGAGGCGGCGUGCCCCAGCGGCUGAUGCUGAAGAAGUGGCUUGUGAGGCGCGUGGAAUGUAUCCGCGGCGAAAUCGAGGUUGACGUGGAGGUGUUCCCUGCUUUCAAUUAUGCGCAAGAUAAGCACACCACGGAAGUCACUGAUCAGAGAGGUGAGACUUCUGAAGGGGAGCUUCGACAGAAGGUCAUCUUUCGGUCGAAUGAUCUGACAUUGGAAUUGAACGCCACGAUUGAUUGUGGAGAUGAUCCGCAGGAAGGAUGCCCGUUGCUUGUGUUCUCGAAGAAGGAUGAGAAGUCUCCAUUGGGGCAGGGAGUCAGUGCCAGCUUCAAGCUCAAGGAGGGCCAGGCAGUAUCAUUUGUCCUACGUGAUCAUGAAAACGAUGAUGAUAUUGAGCAUAUCACGACACUUCUCAUUGAUCAGACUCAGUCGGACACUCAGACAUACUGGUUCAAUUGGAUCUCCCAAAAUAAAUACAAAGGCCGAUGGCGAGAAAAGAUCUCCCGAAGCCUCAUGAUUCUCAAACUGCUCACCUACGAGCCCACGGGCGCCAUCAUUGCCGCACCCACCUUCUCCCUACCCGAAGACAUUGGCGGCUCACGAAAUUGGGACUACCGCUUCUCCUGGGUCCGCGACAGCUCUUUCACAAUCUACAUCUUCCUCCGCAUGGGCUUCACCUUAGAAGCAGAAGCCUAUAUGAACUUCAUCAGCGACCGCCUGCGCUACUCCCGCACCCCAGAAGGCGCUCUACCCAUCAUGUUCAGCAUCCGCGGCGACACCGACCUCCCCGAACUCUCACUCCCCCACCUGGACGGUUACCGCGGCAGCAAACCCGUCCGCAUCGGCAACGGCGCCGCCUUCCACAAGCAACUUGACAUCUACGGCGAGCUGCUCGACACCGUCUACCUGUACAACAAGUACGGCAAGCCCGUGUCCUACGACCAGUGGCUGGCCGUGCGCUCGCUGACCGACUACGUCUGCGGCAUCUGGGACACGCCCGACAUGUCCAUCUGGGAGGUGCGCGGCACGCCGCAGAACUUCGUCUACUCGAAGAUCAUGCUGUGGGUCGCCAUCGACCGCGCGCUGCGGCUCGCGGAGAAGCGGUGCUUCCCGUGCCCGCACCGGGCGGAGUGGCUGGCGACGCGCGAUCGGAUCUGUGAGGAUGUGAUGGAGAAGGGGUUUAACCCGGAGCUGGGGGCGUUUGUGCAGAGCUAUGAGGCGAGGAAUGUGUUGGAUAGUGCUGUACUGAUUGCGCCGUUGGUGUUUUUUGUGGCGCCGAAUGAUCCGAGGUUUACGGGGACGUUGGAGGCGAUUCUGAGGCCGGUGGAGAAGGGGGGGUUGACGAGUACGGGGUUGGUGUUUCGGUAUAAUCAUGAGAGGAGCGAUGAUGGGGUUGGUGGGCGCGAGGGUGCGUUUAGUAUGUGCACGUUCUGGCUUGUGGAGGCGUUGACUAGAGCUGGCGCGUAUGAUAAGAAGUACCUUGUACAAGCUAUCAAUAUCUUCGAGAACAUGCUUACGUACGGAAACCACUCGAACAUGUUCUCAGAGGAGAUAGCACGCUCGGGCGAGCAGCUCGGGAACACGCCACAGGCAUUUAGUCAUCUUGCUCUCAUCAGUGCGGCAUUCAACUUGGAUAGAAUCACGGCAGGGCAAGGAGGUGUUUGAUAAGUUUUUGUAAUACUAAAGCAUUACAUU